AUGCACAAACACAAGAAAUUGUGUGGGAGAAAAGGGUUUGUCGUCACGUUCGACUCGACUUCCGCGGCCGCGGAGUUUGCGCGGGAUAUCACGAAAGGGCAAUUACCUGAAAAGUUUCAACAGUCGUUGAACGGCAUUGUCGCACGAGUCUUUGUGAAGAUCCGCCCGAGUUACGAGAGGUGUUUGAACGUCUUUUUUAAAAGCAAAAUCCUCACAAACACAUACGCACCGACUCCAUUCCCGCUGAUAUUGUCUUUUAUCGUCUCGUGUAAACUGCAACACACAAAUCCAAAGAACGUUUUUUCAGAAAUUUACGAUGGAAAAAAAGAGAAAAAAAGUGUCGUUAAAGCAAAGUUAACAAAACUCGACAAAAGGAAAACCCAACACAACUCUUCCCGUCAAAUUGUGACGGGACAAGAUAUUGUCCGGUCACAAUCGAUCGACAAAAAUAAUGACGUGUCACAACACAAGUCUAUCGAGAAGAAAAGUUCAAGAAGUGAGUCAGCGCCUUGGGGUUACGACUUAAUCGAUGAUAUCAGUGGACGGACUGAUGAAAACAGAAAGAGAACAGAAGACAGUGAUCAGGUCGAAAACAACACAGAAUCCAUAAACAGAGCAAAAAAAAGGAGAAUUACAAUGAUCAAAAGCAAAGAGGAAUCGAUGUGA